UUUGGGAGGGGGGAGGGUGGGAGUUGUAUUUCUCCGUCCUGUUCAGCCUCUGCUGGCGGGCCCUCGGACCCCACUCCUCCAGGCGGCUUCCCAUCUGGAUUCUUCUGCAUGGAAAAUCCCCGGCCCUGAAAUACGGACGGGCCCAGUGCCCGCAGCCGCCUUGCAUUCGUGCCUUAUCCGGGGGACUGUCCCCACCCCCAAGGCUUGCCUCCACCGGGUCGUGGAGGGAGAGGCGUUACGACCGCGUCCCUGGAAUAACUCCCUGCUUGUGGUGGUAUAGCUUGGUCUGGUCGCUUUUCCCGGGACAAGGGAUAUGGGUUUGCACGUUUCUUUCGGUGACUGAUCCAGUGCCUAGCUUGACCCCACAUUUUAUAUCUUUAGCUUUGUUCCCAUGCCUCCUUCUCGCGUCUUCUGAAAUUGGGAUGCCCCCAAAGUGAGCGGGGACCGGUUUGAGACGCCCAGCCCUUGGAUUGCCAAAGCCUGCAGCCGAUCCGAGGAUAUUAUUGCACAACCCAACUGAGAGGAAACCGUGCCGGGCUCUCUCGGGCCCCUCCCCACCUCCGUCUCCCUCUCCUUCGUCUCGAGUCCCCAUCCCCUGCCCGCGGGGCUCCUUGGAUGAUCUUCCUGGGAAAGAGAACCCGCCAGGGCGAGGGUCAGGGCGCUGGGGCAUUCUCCAUCUCUCCUUCCUUGAAGUAAAGAGGACAGUUCUAGAGAUUGUCUGGACACCCGAAAAAUGUCCGCGAAGGAGAACCCCUGCCGGAAAUUUCAGGCCAACAUCUUCAACAAAAGCAAGUGUCAGAAUUGCUUCAAGCCCCGGGAAUCUCAUUUGCUCAAUGAUGAAGAUUUAAACCAGGCAAAACCCAUUUAUGGUGGCUGGCUGCUUCUUGCUCCAGAAGGGACUGAUUUUGAUAAUCCUGUGCACAGGUCUCGGAAAUGGCAGCGGAGAUUCUUCAUCCUCUAUGAACACGGACUUCUGCGCUAUGCUUUGGAUGAAAUGCCUACAACACUUCCUCAGGGCACCAUCAACAUGAACCAGUGCACAGAUGUGGUGGAUGGAGAGGGCCGCACCGGCCAAAAGUUCUCUUUGUGUAUUCUGACGCCUGAAAAGGAGCACUUCAUCCGGGCAGAGAACAAAGAGAUCAUCAGUGGAUGGUUGGAGAUGCUCAUCGUCUACCCUAGGACCAAUAAACAGAACCAGAAGAAAAAACGGAAGGUAGAGCCUCCGACUCCUCAGGAGCCUGGCCCUGCCAAGAUGGCUGUCACCAGCAGCAACAUUCCGAGUGCAGAAAAAAUCCCCACCACCAAGUCAACACUCUGGCAGGAGGAGAUAAGGGUCAAGGACCAGCCAGAUGGGAGUACCCUUAGUCCAGUACCGAGUUCUGGAUCAAGUCAAGUGCUCCCAGCCAGCUCGUUGAAAGAACCUGGGCUGGAAAACAAAGAAGAGGAGAGCACCAUGAAUGGUGACCGAGUAGACUGUGGACGGAAGGCCAGAGUGGAAAGUGGCUACUUUUCCCUGGAGAAGACCAAGCAAGACUUGAAGGCAGAAGAGCAGCAGUUGGCACCACCACCAUCCCCUCCCAGCCCCAGCAUCCCCAAUAACAGGAGGUCCCAGGUAAUUGAAAAGUUUGAGGCCUUGGAUAUUGAGAAGGCUGAACACAUGGAGACCAACUUGUCAGCUGGCCCCAUGCUGUCUAGUGACACUCGCCAGGGCCGAAGUGAGAAGAGAGUUUUCCCCAGGAAGCGGGACUGUACCACAGAAGCUAUCGCCCCCACCGCUGGCUCCAUCCCAGAUGUUUCAGCUUCUCCCCUGUCUCCGCAUCGAAGAGCCAAGUCACUGGAUAGAAGGUCCACAGAGUCCUCCAUGACGCCUGACCUACUGAACUUCAAGAAAGGCUGGCUGACCAAGCAGUACGAGGAUGGCCAGUGGAAGAAACACUGGUUUGUCCUGGCAGAUCAGAGCCUGAGAUACUACAGGGAUUCAGUAGCUGAGGAGGCGGCUGAUUUGGAUGGUGAAAUUGACCUGUCUACCUGCUGCAAUGUCACAGAAUAUCCAGUCCAGAGAAACUAUGGCUUUCAAAUCCAUACAAAAGAAGGAGAGUUCACUCUGUCUGCCAUGACUUCUGGAAUUCGACGGAAUUGGAUCCAGACCAUCAUGAAACAUGUACACCCAACCACUGCCCCAGAUGUCACUAGCUCAUUGCCAGAAGAGAAGAAUAAAACCAGCUCUUCCUUUGAGACCUGCCCAAAGCCAAGUGAGAAACAGGAUGUGGACCAAGCUGAGUUGGAUCCUGAGCAGAAAAGGAGUCGUGCCCGGGAAAGGAGGCGAGAGGGACGUUCUAAAACCUUUGACUGGGCUGAGUUUCGCCCUAUCCAGCAAGCCCUGGCUCAGGAAAGGGCCAAUGCCGCAGAUUCCUCUAAGACACGAGAACCUGGGAGUUCAGAAAUGGACCUAACGGACUUGGAGAAGGAGCGUGCGCGGCGGAGAGAAGAGCGACGUAAACGCUUCGAGAUGAUUGAUUCUGUUGAUGGGCCAAGUGCAGAUGACACCAUCUUACGGAUGGAGGUGGACAGGAGUCCGGUCUUACCAGUGGCCACAGAGCUGAAGCCACAGAAUGUCCACGUGGAGAUUGAGCAAAGAUGGCAUCAGGUGGAGACUACCCCUCUUCGUGAGGAAAAGCAAGUGCCCAUUGCUCCUUUACACCUGUCUUCAGAAGACGGCAGUGACCGACUCCCAACACAGGAGCUAACCUCCUUGUUGGAGAAGGAGCUGGAGCAGAGCCAGAAAGAAGCCUCUGAUCUCUUAGAACAGAACCGACUUCUGCAGGAUCAGCUAAAGGUGGCUUUGGGUCGGGAGCAGAGUGCCAGGGAGGGAUACGUGUUGCAGGCAACAUGUGAACGAGGGUUUGCUGCUAUGGAAGAGACGCAUCAGAAGAAGAUAGAAGAUCUACAAAGGCAGCACCAGCGGGAACUGGAGAAACUGCGGGAAGAGAAAGAUCGCCUGUUAGCAGAGGAAACAGCUGCGACUAUAUCAGCAAUUGAGGCAAUGAAGAAUGCUCAUCGGGAAGAAAUGGAGCGGGAGUUGGAGAAGACACAUCGCUCUCAGAUCAGCAGUGUCAAUUCAGAUAUUGAGGCCCUUAGGAGACAGUACCUGGAAGAGUUGCAAUCAGUCCAGCGGGAACUGGAAGUCCUUUCAGAACAGUACUCUCAGAAAUGCUUGGAAAAUGCUCAUUUGGCUCAGGCCUUGGAGGCGGAGAGGCAGGCCCUUCGCCAGUGCCAGAGAGAAAACCAGGAGCUCAAUGCGCACAAUCAGGAGUUAAAUAACCGCCUGGCUGCGGAGAUCACUCGGUUACGAACGCUACUGACUGGGGAGGGUGGUGGAGAGGCUGCUGGUUCGCCUCUCACACAGGGCAAGGAUGCUUAUGAAUUAGAGGUCUUAUUGCGGGUCAAGGAAUCAGAAAUACAGUACCUGAAACAGGAAAUCAGCUCUCUCAAGGAUGAGCUGCAGACAGCACUGAGGGACAAGAAGUAUGCUAGUGAUAAGUACAAAGAUAUCUACACAGAGUUGAGUAUUGUGAAGGCCAAGGCAGACUGUGAUAUCAGCAGGUUGAAAGAGCAGCUAAAAGCAGCCACAGAAGCACUGGGUGAAAAGUCUCCUGAAAAUACUACGGUGUCGGGAUACGAUAUCAUGAAAUCUAAAAGCAAUCCUGACUUUUUGAAGAAAGACAGAUCCAGUGUUAGCCGUCAGUUAAGGAAUAUCAGGUCAAAGAGUCUGAAGGAAGGCCUGACUGUGCAAGAACGUCUGAAACUCUUUGAAUCCAGGGACUUGAAGAAAGACUAGUUGUAUCCCAUUCAACUUGAAUACACAUCCCACCUGGCUUGCAGCAGCACAACACAAAGGCUGAUUUUUGUCUGUACCGUAUUUUAUUAUUAUUAUUAUUGUUAUUGUUAUUAUUGUCAUCAUUAACUGUAUGGAUGGAUAAGAGACUGAUUUAUGGAUUGUAGUUCACACCACUUCCUGCUGUGUUGAUUCCUUCAACUCCUCCCUCCCAACAUCUUAGCAAAUCUUUUCUUCCACUGUAUUCUAGACUUAGUAAAUGAUUUGGAGGGGGGAGGAAGGCAAACGAUCUAAUUUCCCUCCCAUUCUAGCAGCCUGUAUUAGAAUUCUUUACUGUAAUUCAUUACACUAAGUGUCAGUAUUAAGGCUCAGCAGCCUAUUGAUAAGCUAGCUCUGUCUUACCGAAUGUAUUGGUAUGGAAACAGGGCCCAGUUGGCGUAUCUAGCUCUGCUGCUAACUGGCAGUGGUUUGGUGCUCGUGUGCACUUUGAGCCAAGUACGCCAGGAGUUAGUCUUAACUCGUGUUUCUCUGAGGUAAAGCCUGAGGACAUUCUGUUUCUGCCUAGAUUUACAGCACUGACCUACUGGAGAGAAAUUAGAGGGGGAGUUGGAGAGGAGAGGUGGUUUGUAACCCUGAUUCUGCCACCCUUGAUCUCGACUCUGAUAAAAGAUUUUUCGGGGGGUGGGGGGAGUGGGGAGUGGAAAUGAUGGCAUUUUGUACUCCUUCUACUAAUGCAGCUUAGAACCACACAUCCCAGAAUAUUGUGGCAAAGUACUACAACAGAAUUGUUGAAACUGAUCGUUCCUAAUUCUUGUUUGUUUUUUUUUAAUUAAAUCUUGCACAAAACACCAUCUCCCCCUCUCAUUACUUCCUCCGAUCGUUCUUAUGUUAUUUUCAGUGAUCACCUAUUUUUGAAAUAUGGAUUGGGGUUUUGCAUUGUGAUUCCUGCAAUCAGUGAAAAGUGCCUGCUCUAAAAAUUUAACCUUUUUUGAAAUUACUCCCCAUAUAAACCAUGUCCAUGUAGUUUGUUGAAGGGAGGGAGGGGGAAGGAACAUGAGGAGGUGGUGACACUCUUUUGGAAUGUCAUCUUUUAUAAAUUAUUCCUAAAUUCAACUGAGAUCAGUAGUGACUUAAAAAAAACAAACCCUAGUCAAAAUAAGACAAUGCUAACAAUUUUGCAUGAUAUUUUAAUACUUUGUGAAUUAGAUUGGAUUUGUUAAGGUCCGUUCAAAAUCCUUAGGACUAAUAACUCUGCGUUAAGUUGAAGAUUAAACAACACUUUACCGCAAGUGAGAACUAGUUCUGUUGUCUUUCAAAGUAAAAAAAAAAAAAGAAAGAAAGAAAAGUCUGAAAUAAGGUCCUUUUGAUGGAUUCAUCCUUUUUCCUUCAUCUUGGAGUUAACUUGACACCUAUAUUGCUAAAAGUCCUCUUUCAAAAUGCAUUUUAGCUUUAGAUGGCCCUAAAGGUGGGGUUUUCCCCCCUGAAUUUGAACAGAGUUGACUUGGCCAAUCUUUUAUAGCAAGUUUCUAUCUGGCAAAUGGGUAGGUGAUUUAGAAUAAAAUUACUAUUAAUACCAUCCUGCUCAACUUACUUAAAAAGACUGAGUAAAACACAGUAACCUGGGAAGGCAGGCUAAAAUACUAAACUAUAUGGAUGGAAAGGGUAGAGGUGGGGAAAUGACCUUUAAUUACAGUAAACACUCAACUUAUUCUUGUCUUACUUGAACACUUUAAACCUCCAAUCCCAUUCACACUAUCCAUUCACUUCCUUUCUUUUAACUUAAGUAUUAAUACUCUUCCAGCUUCUAAAUGGUUAAGAGAGCCUAUGCCUGUCAUUAUAUCACAAGGAAGGGUGAGUUUUUAUGAUACUUGUUGUACGUAAUAGAAACUGAGAAUCAAAUAGUAUUUUUUAAAUCUAUAAAAUAGAAACCACCUGGUGGCAGAGUUGCUACAAAUGGCUAGUGAUUUGUGUGUGUGCAUGUGCUGUGUUCCAUAUCACAUCUUUUGAAUAUUCAAAAGCUAGAAUUCCCUUUGUAAGCAGGAAGUUAUUUCCUGCAAUCUAUAAAAUAAUAUUUUACUUGCAUAUGCUAGACCUGGUAGUGGAAUCCCUGCUUUUGAAGCAGGUGAUUGAUAGAGGUGGUGUCCAUUUGCUUUUGGUGUGGUGCUGCUCACAUUUGCCUCUCUGGGAACGCAUGGCCCUCCUGAGAGUUAGGCUUGCAAAUCAUCUUAGGGCAAGGAGGAAGUGUAGCAGACGAGAAUAUAGGGUUUGGUACUAGGAGACAAACUGAAUCUGACUUGAGGCACUGCCAAGGAUAUUUACAAUUUUGCUGUGUUGUAUCAUUUAUUUCCUUCUCUAUGAAAAUCAAGCUUACCUGCAUGUGGAAGUUUGCAUUUUGUUUUGCUUCUUCUAUAACACUUUGACCUAAGCAAACUAAGUGAACGUAUUUGGAUGUUGUUUCUUUAGUUACCCAGCCUCCUAAUUCUCAGAGAAGACGACCAAGUGAGAGAACAUGAAAUGCUGUUAUUUGAGCUUUCCCGCUUCUCUCAAAAAGUAGCCUAGUGUGGAAACUGGAAUGCUUGUUUUACUAUCUAGUUAUGUAGGGGAAAAGUAGGAUAUUUGUGUUGAGGUAGAUGAGAAAAUAGCAGAUCUCUUCUCUUUUGGCCUUUCCCUACCUUACAGUUAAAUUCAGUUCAACAAACAACGAUGAAGCCACCUGCACUGUACAAGAACACACUCCGUAUAUCAUUUAUUUCAUUCAUUAGGUACUGAUUGCACUUAUUGUUGAGGAUUUUUUUUUGCCUGAGAUACAAAGAUGAGUAAGAAUUUUAACUAGGCAAGUAAAAGCAAGUGACCUUAUUUCUUCUGCCACCAGAUGAAGAUGGCCUGGACAACAACACACAGACUGGUACAGUGUUUGUAAGAUGAGUGAGCUACAUCCUUUCCCACACAGCUUCAUUUUCCUAGAUUCUGAAGGGAUCAUACUCUAAAAAAAGUUAGGUAGCUAAAAGGUAGCAUCCCUCAAUAUUUUUCAUACAAUUAUCUAGGUAACUAAAUCCAUUGGAAAACUAUUUAAUGAUCCUAAUUCUAGAAAUUAGUCCCCUAAAAGCAUCAGUUAACUAAUUUAGUACUUGUGGAGGAAAAGUGAGUAUCCUCCUGAGUGUUUUUUCUUCUUUUUAAGGUAACUAUAAAAUAAGGACAUUCUGGGUUCUUCUGUUUCACUUGGCGGGAGUUGACAAUGACAUAAGACAAGAGGCAUGUGAUUCAGCAGACACGGCAUAUACCUUUGGGAAAGUGAAUUACGAGACAGGAAAGUAUAAGAUGAAGGAUUGAUAGGGUAGAUAGACAUAAGACAGUGAAACUGCUGGUGGUGUUCCAAAUACCCUGACAAUUUUGGAUUGUGUUGGUUGUUAGUACUAUCAGCAGAAGCAGAAAUAAGUAACUGAAAUCAAGAUAAGGAUUGUCUUUGGCCUAGUGGAUGAGAAUGAAUAGAGUGAAUGAGAAAUGAAACUAUUUGUUUGCAUAGUAGAAAUGGCUGAUGCAUCAAGUUGUCCAUAUAGGAGGAGAGAACAGCAAGUUGCCUCAUAAGAGCACUAAAAACACAAAGCCAAAUAAAAGAAAUGAUGGCUUUAAAAAUUAGAGACGUUUUCUUUAAGAACUAUGUAAAGCACUUUGCAAACUUCAAAGUGCCAUAUAAAUGUCAGCUAGUAUUAUUCUAGUCAACUAGUAUUGGCAUUUAAUGAAAUGUAUUCACUCCAGAAGUAGAUGUAGCAAUGUAAUUUUUAGCAUGUUGAAGAAUUUUAAGAUCUGAACACUAACUCUCCUUUAUAACCCAAACUCUAACCAUAUCAAGAUUAUCUUUCUUUUGGACUCCAAUUUUAUUUGGGAAGAGAGUAAAGGUAUUACAAUGGAAGUCAGGGUUCUAGUCCUGGCUCUACCACUAACUAGCAAAGGCCUUGGGCAAGUCACUUCUUUAAUAACUUUAUGCUUCACCUCAAAGUUAUUAUUGGCAUAAUAUAUUUAGAAUAAACUAAAUAAUCAUUUAAAUAGACAUUGAUGCCAUACAUAGAGAAAUGUAAAAUGUAGGUAAUAAGACCUACAUUUCCUAUGUAUAAGCAAAGGUCAGCCAAACUGAAAGUUGUAAGAAGGAAAGGAAGGUAUCAAUACAAGUUUUUUAAUCACGUUUAAUAAAAGAAACUACAUAAAUGAAAAUUUAACUACAGACAAAACUAAAGAUCUAUUAUACCUUCUUUCCAAAAUAGUAGAUUUGGUUCUCAGCUAGAAAUUAAAUUGUAGUUAGCCUCACUAAUCUAGUAACUUCAGGCGUCCUGAAACGAAGAUAAAAGAUAACGCUGAACUAAGCAGACAUCAAGGAAAACUAUUAUUUUUUAUCCCAUCAGGGAAGACAACAGAUGACAGAGAAGGAACACUGACCAGAAAAGCACAGCAGCUGAUAGCCAUUUAGGUCUGCAGCAAAUAGCCCUUUUACCACAAUAAAUUCUCAAGGACACCAAAUGUGAUUAUUAUGUUCAAUGUCCUGUUUUCAAAGUCAAGGAAAUAAUAGCCAUUGCUCAUGAAAACCUUUAGAAUAUUAAAAAUUAAUACUCAGCACUUUAUUAAACUUGAAGAUUCAUUUCCUGAGUAAAUGAGGCAUUACGAUAUUGAAUGGAAGAAUCUGUAGAUAUAAUGGUUCGUUCUUCAGCUUCCUCUUCAUAAUUCAAAUGAUUGUUAGUUGACUGAAAAAAGACCUUUUUUUUGAAAUAGAAACACAGAAUCUGUGUUUACUGCUGAUAUCCACAUAAAGAGCCUACCCAAGAAAUGAUUCAUACUUACUCAAAAGUUCUCAGUUUUACCUGCUAAUAGCUUUCCUAAAGUCUAUUAUAGUAAAGGGUGCAAUAUAUUACCUGUUGUGUUUCUAAAUUUCCUCUAACCUGGAAUCAGUUUCUGUCAUCUUUCUGUUCCAUUGAGAGUAGAAAUACACUGACUAAAAUAAAUAGAUAAUUUCCAUGUAGAAUAACACAAACAGUUCUUAAAGUUAACCAAAAAUAAUGUUUAUAAAAGAGAUCUUGCUGAAAUGCAUGCUAUAUUUUGUUUUUAAAAGAUAUCUUUAAAAUUAAUUUUCCCUCUUUUUCUUUAUUCCAACAUGAAAUCUACAUUUCCAAUAUUCAUAGUGAAAAAUCAUCAUAUCCCUCAAAUUUUAUCUUCAUAAAGAGAAAUUCAUCUUAUGAUUCUUCUCCACUAGAAAAUUGGAGUGAUUUUUCUUCUAGGCUGAACAGAUAAAGUAUUGUUAGAUUCAUUAUAAUAAAUUAUUGAAUAAGCUAUUGCUUAUUGGUUUUCCAUUAAUCUCAUGGUAUAUAAAGAAUGAACAAGCUCAAAAUUUACCACUGUAAGAAAAACUUUUUUUCUCCCUCUUCCAAACCAACAAAAUGGUCUUUUAUUCCAUAACAUCUGUACCCCAAAACCCUUUUUUAAAAAAUUAAGCUCAGAUACUCUUUCUACUUUCAAACUCUGAAGCAGGUAAAAAAAAAUGAAAAUCUAACUUUUUCCCAAAAUCAGAGCAUUCUGUAAUUUUCUUGCUGUUUCAUAGUGGAUUGUUAGUAUAGAAGAUAUUGUCUGAAAUACCCUUAAGGGGUAAAACACAAUGUACGUUUCUCUGUAUUAGGGGAGAAAGAAAUUAUACAUUUAUAUGCAUAGAAACAUAAUUCUUUUUUUGCAAGCUGCUAUACUUUACAUACUUCAGUACUGAAAAGAACCAGAUUGUUUAGGAAAAAAAAAUUCUGAGUUCUUUGAUAGAAAGUUACAUGAAUCUGAAAAAAAAAUAUGAAAACAAGCAUUUUCAAGGUUUUGUUAUAAUGCUUUUUUUAAAAAGGGAUUUUUUGGGGGAGAAUUGGGGGGUUGGAAUAAGAACCUGUUUCUUAUAAUAAAAGAACAGAAUUAAUUUCUGCUUUAACAGAAGAAUGCUUUCCAUGGUAGGCAAAUCACUGACAUGAAAGCAACAUGAUGAAAUAUUAUUAUUUUAAGAUACAUCCUUGAUGUAAUUCCUCUAGACCACUGCAUUUCUGUGGUCAAUAUAGAGUACCUAUACAUUGUGAACAUUUAAUCUCAUGCAUGCUAAUUAUAAAUUGCAUUUUCUCUUUUUGAAGACAGCUUUGUCUUCAAAAUAACUUAAAAUCUGUACAGUAUUCAAAGCACACACUGUAAAUAUUUAUUACUUGGAAGUUAGUAGAAAGGGUUUUGUGACUUAUUUUAAAAAAAAAUCUAACACAGAUGGUUUCUUUUUAAGAUUGGAAAAAAAAGCUGUGGGUGUAAUGUUGAAUGAACCCAGCAUUAUGAUAGUUUUCAAUGACUGUUUUAAAUAUCUUUUAAAAUUCUUUGCUGACAGUUGAUUUUGAAUAUACUUGUCAGAUGUAUAGUAUAUCUGAAAAGUAUAAUCCUACAAAAGUUGAAUUUUUCAUUGAAAGAAUUCAGUAAUGUUGUACUUGAUAUACAUGGCAUUAACAACCCUCUCUGCAUAAAAUUUUUUAAAAUGAAGAAAAAACUUGCAUUUAGCAACGAUAGCUACAAUGUGACAAAAAAAAACCCUUUUUUACAUAAUAGCUUAAAAAUGUUACUGGAAGGUAAAGUAUAAGGUAUAGUUUUAACAUCAGGGAUGCAAUCCCAUCAUUUCUCCAACAUUCGAGAUUAUUAGGUAGGAGAUUUACCAAAUCUUCAGUUAUAAUGUUAAUCAAACAUCAUGUUGUAAGCUGAAAUUAUAUGUGCAGGCAUUAUUUCCAAUAUACUGUUUUAUGUCACAUCAAUGUAGAAGUGACUUAAUUGCAAUAUAAAAUAUUUUGGAGAAUUGAAGGCUAAAAUACAGGAUGACCUGGGAGAACAUUAGAUAGCCCUAUUUUAUGCAAGUGAGUUUACUGUAAUGACUUUAAAAAAACUACCAUAGAUGAAUGAAGUUAUAGAAGUCAGUAACAAAUUUAGCCAUCAAAUCCUAGUUGUCAAGUUUAUUAAAGCAACCACCUCCUUUAUUUCUCCUGGAGCAAGGGGUUCAUAAUCUUUUUUUGUGUGAUUGACCCCUUUGGCAGUCCAGUGAAGCCUAUGGACCCCUUUUCAGAAUGGUUUUAAAUGCAUAAUAUAUAUAGAAUUACAAAGGCAACCAAUUCUAUUUAAAUACAAUUGUUGGAAUGUUUUUAAAAGUUCAUGAAAUUAAAAGUUAAGAAUUCCUAUCCUAGAGGAAGAAAGAGGUUGGACAUGAUAGAUACGUUCAUUAAUAAGUCUUUGUAUAUUCAUUGUUAUAAAAUUAAUGUAAAUAUAUCUUGCCUUGAAAGCUUUUAGAAUUCACCUCCAUCUUUGACUUGCCUGCUGACUUAGUCUUACAAUAAUUCAAGACCAAGAAUUAAGUAGUGAGAAGAAAUCAUAUGGUUUUCUAAGUAAUAUUUAUAAAAUGGUAAGCAGUGCACUGUGACACUUAGGAAUGACAUAGCUUGAUCUUUUUUCUCUCUUCUAUAUCCUCUUCUUUUUAUCCAUUUUUUCCAACAUACCCUGCCUCAUACUUAAUGAAAAUAAUAAUCAAUUAGGAUAGGUACCUUAAUUGAGAUAUUAGAUUGAUGGGAUUUAUAGCUCUGACUUAUGUGAACUUCUGAGAGAGAAAAGAAAAUCUUAUCUGCUGUAACAGUAUAAAUUGGAAAUAAUCCAUAAUGACUUAUCCAUGCCUAAAAUGAUCUUAAAAGUAAUAAGCCACUGCUAACACCCAUGCAUGUGUGUGUGUUUAAGCAUACACUCACACAGUAGUAUACUUUACACAAUGAUUAAUUAUUGCACUAAUAUUAAAUGUACUGUGCACUAGAUUAAAAAAUUUUGUGAAAAAUGAAACUGGUCCAGGGAAGAAACACCAACAUUCUGACCAUAAAAGCUUAUCAUCUGUAAAUCAGAUAUGAGGUAAAACUUGUGUGUGUGUGUAUAUAUAUGUAUGUUUAGCCCCACAUGGUUUAUCUAUCAACCCCUGUCAGAUAGUAAAGGAUGCUGAUCUACUUAAUAAGGCUUCUCUCCCUCCUUUCCCUUUCCAGUCAAUGCAAUCCUUUGUGCUUUUUAAAAGCCACUGUUCCUGAUCAACUGUUCACUGUAAUUAAAACAUUACUUUGUCACAAUAUUUAUUCCUUAAGCCUUCUGUGACAUGCUAGAUUCCUGUGGAUGUAGCUGAUCAUUUUUAUUUUGUAAAUAUUACUUAACUUUACAUAAACUAUAUCAUAAUAAACUAUUUUUGCACCACCCUUUG